CAGCGAGUCUACUCGAUUCAUCGCAUCACUAGAUUCUUCUCAUAAGUUUUCAUCACUGUAGUAACACUGCGUUUAUUGUAUUUUAUAUGCUAUAGCGAUUAGUCAAUUAUUUUGUUUAUGCUUGUAAUUAUAAUAGUAUAAGCGAAACUAUUAAUUUAUAGUAUUGGCUAGAUUGGUAUUUCUGUAAUGUAGAAAAGAUGUAAAAAGAGAGAGAGAGAGAGAGAGAGAGAGAGAGAGAAAAAAUUUUGCAAGGAGACAAAUUUGCGAAUGAAUUGGGAAUGAUCAAUUGUAUGCGAAUGAAAUAUAAUGAAAAUGUUUUUUUGAACAGUCAUAUAUUAUCGCAAAUUUAAUAAAAAUGGAAUGCAAUGAAGAAGACUGGUCUGUGGAAUGUUCCGAUGAUGAAAAAUAUGAAAUGGACGCGAUGCACGAAUGGAAUAUAAAAGCUGAAAACAUAAUCUCAUUAAUUGAAGGUUUAGAAGCUAACAAUCGCGUUUUAGAACUUGAAUGGAAGUGUCCUGGUAGACGAGGACCAUCCCCUAUACCCUCAAACAAUCGACAGCAGGAGCAUGGAUCUCAGGAGUACAAAACCGAAGAAAAGUCCGACUUUGACUUUAUGGAUGAAAUGUCAUCGCCAAGACUACCCGUCCGUAGAGUUGGUGAGAGUACUCCAAAAGGUAGCGCCAAGAAAAAAACUGCCAGUUUCAAUGGAGUAUUAUCGACAAUGUUGAGACACCGUAGAUUGGAGCAACAAGAAAUCAAUUCCAGUCCAAAAAAAAAUGAAUCUCCUGCAUGAAAGCCACAUUCUUCCACUUAAAAACACAAAGUUUGUCUUUAAUUUUAUGAAGUGAUUCAUGUGUGAUAAAUCAAAAGCUGCAUAACAUACAAGAUUAUAAUAUUGAAAUAAGAUUGCUAUAAAGACAGUUAUUAGUCUGUGUACUAUCAGAAAUAGUUUUUAUUAGAUAGUUUUUAUUAGAAAAUAAAAUGUAAUAUAAUGUGUUAAAGAAUGAGAUAUUACAUUAACUUAUGGAUAUCGUUAGUCUUCACCCUUCAUAAGGAUAUUUAUGUUAAGUUUCUACUAGCUAAAAAUUGAUAUAUUUUUACAAAUUUUCUCUAUAAUAGUAAGAUUUGUAAAUAGAUAUUCAUUGAUGUAUUUACAAUAUUUUUUCGUGAUAUAAACGUAUAUAUAAUAUAUAUAAACGUAAUGUACAAACAUGUAAACAAAUUUUACAUACACAUUGUGUAUAAGCAAAAUUUGAUGUGUGGACAAAAAUAAAAAAUAUAUU